GUGGCCUAUACGGACAACACUCAAGUGUGCGCUCGCUGCUCUGCGGUUUGAUUGACAGGUCUGAGUGACUAACUCAGCGAAGGAGCCGGUGAAGAUUCUCAGCGCAAUGUCAAGUCCUAAAAGAGUUUGCAUCGUCGGCUCUGGGAACUGGGGUUCUGCUAUUGCUAAGAUAGUUGGCAGAAAUGCCAGGAACAAUUCGAAGUUUCACUCCACGGUUAACAUGUGGGUGUUUGAAGAGAUGGUGGAAGGGCGUAAGCUCACAGAGAUCAUAAACACAGACCACGAGAACGUCAAGUAUUUGCCUGGACACAAGCUUCCAGAAAAUGUUGUUGCCGUGCCAGAUCUGCUCGACGCUGCCAAGAGUGCUGACAUCCUGAUCUUUGUGAUUCCACAUCAGUUCAUCGGUCGUGUUUGUGACACCAUAAAGGGCAAAAUCAAACAGGACGCGCUUGGAAUGUCCCUCAUCAAGGGGGUGGAUGAAGGGCCGGAUGGACUGAAGCUCAUCUCAGAGGUCAUUCACGAGAAGCUGGGCAUCAAGAUGAGCGUGUUGAUGGGAGCGAAUAUCGCCAACGAGGUGGCGGAUGAGAAAUUCUGCGAGACCACCAUUGGCUGCAGGGAUAAAACUGAGGGAGCGUUGCUUAAAGAACUCAUGCAGACGGAUCACUUCCGGGUCACGGUCGUACAGGAAGCAGAUGUGGUGGAGAUCUGUGGUGCACUGAAGAAUAUAGUGGCAGUAGGAGCAGGUUUCUGUGACGGCUUGGGCUUCGGUGACAACACAAAGGCUGCGGUGAUCAGACUGGGUCUCAUGGAGAUGAUCAGCUUUGCUCGGUUGUUCUGCACCGCCGGCUCGGUCUCUUCUGCAACUUUCUUGGAGAGCUGUGGCGUUGCUGAUCUCAUUACCACAUGUUACGGAGGACGAAAUCGGAAAGUCUCAGAGGCCUUCGCCAAGACUGGCAAGUCUCUCGAAGAGCUUGAGAAGGAAAUGUUGAAUGGUCAGAAGCUGCAGGGUCCAGCCACAGCCGCUGAAGUCCACACCAUACUUAAAAACAAAGGCGUACUCGACAAAUUUCCCCUUUUUAAUGCAGUGUACGAGAUCUGUUACGAGAGUCGGCCUGUUACUGAGUUCAUCCUCUGCUUGCAGAACCAUCCAGAACAUCAGUGAAAGAAGGACAGAGCUGCAAUACUGUGUGUGUGUGUGUGUGUGUGUGUGUGUGUGUGUGUGUGUGGUGUGUUUGUGAGCCC